AUGUCGCAUCGUGAUAAUAAAGACCGUCGAACGUUGUAUUGUGGAAAUUUGCACGAACAUGUCACGGAGGAAAUGCUCUUCGAACUGUUUCUUCAAAGUGGUCCCUUAGAAGCAGUAACAAUCAAACGUGAUGGACGACGAUCAUUUGCUUUUAUCACUUUCAAACAUGAAGAAUCAGUUCCAUAUGCUGAAGCUAUCAUGGAAAAUGUUUCGUUAUUUAAUCGCCCAUUACGUCUAGCAGCUCGUUCUGCAAAUAAAGACUUUAAUAAUAAUCCAAAUGAACCUUACACACCAGAACUCUACGUGAACGAUUCAUUACUACAUCGUUCCGCAGCUCCUUGGCAUUCAUCACAGCAACAGCAACAGCAGCAACCAUUACCAGUCCCAUUGUUCUCUAAUAAUCAUGAUAGUAAUAACUAUCCAGCUCAGUCACAGUUUUCUUAUGAGGAUCGAAUGCCUCCACAAAGAUUUGACCGUCGAAAACAACACUCGUAUCAUCCAUAUAAUAGAAACGAUCAAGAUCAUUCCCAUAUGAAGCAACGUAAUGGAAAUUAUAACCAACAACGUAGAGGAGGAGGAGGAUACAAUAAUUACUACCGUUAG